UACAGAGGACUAAGUAGAGCUCAAUUGAGUUUCGAUUACCUUCACACAAAUUCAACUACCCAUGAAUUUUUGUUUGGAGCCUUAGCAGAACUCCUAGACAAUGCCAGAGAUGCUUUUGCAACAAAAAUCAACAUUCAUUCAAUUUCUGAUUCAUCGUUGAGAGGUGGUUACAUGUUGUGCUUCUUAGAUGAUGGACAAGGAAUGUCUCCAGAGGAAGCUUCUGAUAUAAUUACUUUUGGCAAAUCAAAAAAAUCGUUAGAAUCACAGAUGAUUGGGAAGUAUGGCAAUGGCUUGAAGUCUGGGUCAAUGAGAAUAGGUAAUGAUUUGAUGCUGUUUACAAAAAAAGAAUCAAACAUGACCUGUGUCUUUCUGUCCAGGACAUUUCAUGAAAUCGAAAAACUUGAUGAAAUUAUAGUGCCGAUGCCAUCUUUUGAUGCAAAUACGAAAAGGCCAGUGACUAGAACCCCUCGUGAUAAAGAAAAACACACUCAAGAAAUGGAGCUCAUAUUGAAAUAUUCUCCAUUUAGAACGGAUGCUCAGUUCAUGAAAGAGUUUGAUAAAAUUGAAAAAACAUCAGGUACUUUGGUUAUCGUUUACAACCUGAAAUUGCUAGACUCUGGUGAGCCAGAAUUAGACGUGAAGACAGAUCCAUACGAUAUAUUACUUGCUGCUCAGGAUGACGAUAGCCAUGAUGGUUUGAUGCCAGAACGCAAAUCCUUUCGUUCUUACGCUUCUAUAUUAUACGUUGAUCCGCGGAUGAGGGUUUACAUACAAGGCAAAAAGGUGCGCACCAAGCGUAUUAUCAGCACUCUAUAUAAACCGCGUCUCUACAAAUACACUUCUGCUCGUUUCAAAUCUCGAUCCGAGAGGGAGGCAAAAAAAUCUGAAGAAGAUGCCAGGAAUGCUGAACACAGAGCCAGAGAAGCUGAAAGUAAAGCAAAGGACCUGGAAAUAAAAUGUGGAAAAAUGCCUGAUAAAGAACAAAGGAUUGAACUCAGAAAAGCGCAGACUCAUGCUUUGGAGUUGAGAAAGGAAGCUCAAUUGAGAAGACUUAUAUCUGAGAGAAAGAUUAAGUCUUUGAAAGAACCUAAACAACUAAAUUUUGUUUUUGGAGUAAAUUUGGAGAAUAGAAGCAGGGAUGGUAUGUUCGUUUACAACUGCAGUCGUCUCAUCAAGAUGUACCAAAAAAUCGGACCACAACUGGAAGGCGGAGUGCUGUGUAAAGGCAUCGUUGGCGUUGUAGAUGCUCCAUAUUUAGUUCUGGAACCGACACACAACAAACAAGAUUUUGCAGAUGCCAAAGAGUACAGACAUUUACAGCAAGCUAUGGGAGAACACAUGCUACAGUAUUGGAGGGAUAUCGACAUUGCCCAACAAGGAGUUUCAAAAUUCUGGGAAAACUUUGGUUACAUUAGUCCCAACUGGCAUGCAUUACCAUCUUCAGAUCCUAAAUAUGUGCGGAAAAGAACUGCGAAAGUUCAAAUAACUCUGCAAUGUGAUCUCUGCUUGAAAUGGCGCAUCAUUCCUUAUUCCUCCAACAACAUCAGCAAGGUCUUCCCUGAUGACUGGGUCUGCUCCAUGAACCCCGACCCAGCCCACAAUCGUUGUUCAUCAGCUGAGGAGAAAAUGAACCUUCCAGAAGGCCUCCUCAAGAAAAUUGUUAAGACGAAAGAACAGAAGGAA